GACGCGUUUGUUAGCAACGGCGGAAGUCGCGCGGGAUUUGGGAGCGUGUUUUCUUUGCGCGGGAAGAGGAAGGAGCGUUUGGAGCCUGUGGAAUGGAGGCGGUGUAAAGUGUAAAAUGGGUGUAAAAUGGUGUUCCCGGAACGUGCCACUGAGCUCUACUGAGGUGGUUGUUUGAUUCGUUUAGCAAGGAGACCGGUGGGAUUCAAAAGCUGGGAAGGCAUAAUUUGAUAUUGCCAAGUGCACAUACUAACAGCACGGCGCUGGGGCUGCUGACAAUUAAAAUUCGGCCUAGCAAAUCACAGGGUUUGUUUACAAAGUUGAUAAUUAAGCUAAGGCUGCAGCCUUGAAACACUUGGGAGCAAGCCCUAUUGGAUUCAGUGGGACCUACUUCUGAGUAAACAAUAAUUUCCAAAAAGAUUUUGGUGAUGUACAGAAGUAGUCCUGACUAAUUUUUUGUAAUUUGAUAUAUACCAGCGUGCUGGAUAUUUACAGAACACAAAGAUGUACAGUCUAACUUGGCUUGGAUCCAGAAUUAGCUUUUGUCUGCCUUCUUGAAACAAAGGGCUUUUUGUGUGGGAGAGAUGCAGAGACAAGGAUUUGCAUUAGUUUGAUUUUAGCCAAUGCUGAUAAGAACUGAAAGUUUUCAGAAACAGACUUGCCCAUCAGACACCACAAAUGAAUAACUUGGUGGGGAAAGCUCCCAAAGAAUGCUGCACACCAGAAGCCCCAUGGCAGAGCUCAUCCUGCCCCCUGAAGGCUUUAUCAGUAUUAUCAACAAGCAUCUCUGCUUACAUCCAAGCCACCAAGGUGACCAAUGUCCGAGAACCCCUUGCCAUAGAUGUAACACAGCCAUGGGACCAGUGGGCUGGCUUGAGUCAAGGCUGUUGUGACUUCAUCAUUAUUAUUAACCUGCUGCACAUGACUGAUCAAGGCCUGGAGGGAAUGUUUAAAGGCAUAGGACAACUGCUGAAACCUGGAGGCAUUUGCUUGGCCUACGGGCCCUUCGCCGUUAAUGGGAUCAUCCUCCCAGAGUGCAAUGUGCAACUGGAUAACAUGCUCCAGGCCAGAAAUCCUGAGUGGGGACUGAGAGAUGUGGAGGAGCUUCGUCAACUGGCAAACACUAAUGCACUGCGGCUCGAGCGCAUGCUGGAGAUGCCUGAAUACACCAAAUGUUUGAUCUUUCGGCGGAGGGAGUUAUGAUCUCUGGCUACGGAAAAGUCAAAGGAGGACUGCCCUAUUUACAUGGAUGGGUGUGGAAAUUAAAUUAAGAAAAAGAAA